AUGAAGAUUGCCUCUCAAAUGAGAUUCUUCCACUUUGCUCUUGUGGGCAUGGCCUUGCUGCUUUCCCGUGUGACUGCCAAUGACAGCGUCAAUGAACCCUCCAACGCCAUCAAGUAUGGAGAUCCCGUCUUCUUUCAGAACCUAGGUGAAUAUCGCAGGUAUGCAACCGGAGGCCGUGGUGGCGACCAUGAUGGGCUUUGGACCAAGGAUCCCAUCACCAGCAAUUCUGAGAGUCAAAAGCUUGAUUACUACCAAUUUAAAAUCCUCACUGCCCAGAAUGGUACACCCAACAGGUGUGUCAAGUAUGGAGAUGUGGUUCACAUUAAAAUGGUGAAAGAUGUCAAGAAGCCAUGGUGGAAGGCAACUGGAGGUAGCAACCGUGACGAAGCCCAUACAAAGGAUCUUGAGUCAAACGACCACAGUGAUGAUCCUGAGGGAUUCAAAUGGGUUCUACGAAGCAAUGCUGGUGAUGGCCUCAUUACCAAGCCAUUUUUCAGUGAUCCUGCCAAGGGCCUCUGUGUGGAAGAUUUGAGUGUUGCUUACAUUCAGAGCCUUUCUCGGGAACAUCGUUGGAUGAAAGGAUCACUGAAUGGUGACAAUAACCAGAUGGCACCUAGGGACAUUUACUCCUCUUCAACUGAACAGACUGAACAUGGAUACCUGUGGACCAUCAGGAAGGAACUUGGUAUGGGUGCUGUUGAAGAUGGUGUCAAGUGCAUGGCCACCAGCAGUGAGGGUGUGUGGAAGUAUCUUCGAUCGGCAACUAGUGAAUCAACAACUGCCACUUGGACAGAAGGAGUUACAAGGAGCAAGGAUCGAUCUGAAGAGCAGACCACAAACUGGGAGGUCAGUGUCACUGCAACAGUUGAAGCAAACUUUGCCUUUGGUAGUGCAAGUUUGUCAUCGACUGCAUCUUAUGGUGGCAGUGCUGCCAGAACUGUGUCUGAAGGCCUUCAAAUGAAUGAAGAGGUAUCACAUUCAGAUACUUGGUAUCAUCAAGGUAUCAUUUGGCAGUAUGUCAUCACAGUGAGGGAUCUUUGUGUUGAGAAUGGAUGGGAUGUCACAUCCAAUGAAGUGUUCCUUACACCGAGUAUGGAUGAGCCACCUUGCUGUCUUCCUGGAUAUUUUGUGUCUCUUGACAACCCUCAUGGCCCCUGUAAGGAUGACUCCCCAUGCAACUGUGCCCCAGAAGUUUGUGAAGGCAACCUCUUGCCCCCAAAGGAGGAUUCAGUUGAAGAAGGUGGAUAUGAAGAGGAUAGCUAUGAAGAAUCAGGAGGUGGAUCCUCUGGCAAGAAAGAUGAUGACUACUACUAUGAUGAUGAUUACUACUAUGAUGAUGACUAUGAUAGCCACAAGUCAUCCUCUGGCAAGCAUGGACUCCAAUAUGAUGGUGAUGGUCCACUGUUUGUCUUAAAUGUGAACCAAGUCAACAACAAUGGUCAUGGUUAUGGCUCUGGAGGAGGUGGUGGUGGUGGUUCAAUGAACAAUGGUGACUCUGACUCUGAAGAAGAUUCCAUGUUUAGUCGCAACUUGCGUGGAGUGCCUGAAACUAAGGCCUAG